CUUCCCCACCCAUUUCUAAGAUCGACUUACAUACUCCUUUAACGAUCAGCCUGCACCUACAAUACAAAGAAGGGGAGAAAAUCACGGCCAUAUAGACGACCGAGACGAUGACGAAGAUUGAUACAACCACGGCGAAGAUCGGCUCCAACCCUGCCAGGCAGGGCUUGGCUCGCUGGGCUUACGAAAACAAUGCCGCUGAUAAUUCUCGAUUACACGGCAUCGCAAAAGUACAUGACGAAAUCAUGGGGCUCGGGUUCAGCUCAGACGGGAGACAAACAACAUGCGAUCAUACGCGCCAAACACGGCGAGCUGCCCAAGCUGAUCUACCCAGGCGACGCCAAUCCUUCAAACCUGGAUGCGUACCCUAACGAGAUAUUCGACUACUUGAGGCUUGGCACACAACUGGUCCCUGUGAUGUUUGAGGAGCUCUUGGAUGCCGGAGGCGGUCUCAUUCUGGGGUUUGCAUUUCGCCACGGCCUCAUGGACGGCACCACAACCACCGAGUUCCUCGACUACGUCACCGGCGACAUGUUUGCGGUCUCCAGCCCACUCAACGUCUUCUCCUCCCUCCACCUGCGCAAGGAGAACUCCACGCUUUGCUGCCAAUAUAGCCACAACCAACCUUAUCGACCCUCACACCACCGCUGGUUACGAUUUAACUCGCCUGCAGUCCCUCCCCUCCUGCCAACCGCUAUCGCCAAAAUCUUCACCAUCUCCGCCGAUAGUGUGAGAGUCCUCCACACAGCAACGCUCUCGCACCUCCGCCAAACGUACGACCCGUCCGCCUCUGUAACCAUCAGGGACGCCCUCUGCGCCCUUAUCUGGGUACAAAUCACCCGCGUCCGGCUGCGAGCCAGGGGCGGUGAUGGGCAAGAUGAUAAUGGUGAUGCGACGGCGACGACACUUGCCGCACCGAAUGAGGCCGGGGGGGACAAUGGCUGAAAUGGGGACAUCAUCCCGCUUGAUGCGGAGGCUGCGGUGCGGCGGAUGAUUUCACAAGGUAUGACACCAGGGUGGAUGCCGCGAUUAGGGUGGCGCUCGGUGCGGACGUUGAGUUUGAUACACCCGGAGUGAUCAGGGGCAAUGGAAAGGCGGCAUGGGUAAGGAGGGCGUAUGAGCCGAUUGAAGGGGCUGUGGCUUCCGCUGCCGCCUGUUAGGGGCACUAAGGGCGACGUUAAGUGGGAGGCGUGGCUGGCUAUGAGGGAGGAGGAUGUAGUUGUUUUGGAGAGUGAGGACGAGAUGGGUGGGUGGUUGUGUCGGCCGCCUGCGUAAAGGGGUAACAGGGGAGUGAGAGGGGAGUGAGAGGGGAGGGCGCUGAGACAAUGCGAUUGGGAUUCAUCUAAUUCCGUGGAUAGGACGUAAGUUAC